UGUGGACUAGGCUUUAGUAAAAGUUUUUUUUUUUGUAAACAUUGUACCCAAGACAAUUCGUGACGUCAGUUGCAUUUUCAAACAAACAACCAUCAUCGCUGUACCAGCGAAAACUAGAGAAAAAAAAAUCAUUGUCAACUGCUGUUUAAAUACGAUUCUCGCCUAAGAUACAUAAACACCCUGGCAAGUAACCGCAAUGUUCUCCGCCUCUAACCAAGAUCGUUCAAAGUCAAUAGUCAGUGAAAAUGCGCCCAACAAACCGAGAAAUAAUAAGACCAACGGAAACAAUGGUGGUUCCGGAAAUCCGAACCCGAGCUCCUCCAAGAAAAACGCCCGGCUCUGCCCCGGAAGGGAUGUGUACGAACGUAUGAAUUACCUCUACCAGGCUUCGGUGCUGAUGUCCGAGCUACCUGUUCCGGCUCUUUCUGGAGUCUACGGUAAACUGAUGAAAUCCAUCGGCAAGAAGGCGGUCCUUCGGAUAGAACCAGCCAUCAAACGAACACUUUGUACCAGGUGUGGAGUAGCCCUGAAUCCUGGCUCGACGGCAACUUACAGCGAUCAUCGAAAGAAGAAUUACUGCUACAUUCAAGCCGAAUGCAAACAUUGCGGCUACAGUAAACGUUUUGUCAACCGAAAGAACCAUCAAAUUCACCUGGAAAAUCCAAAAUCGCUUCUCGAAAGUUUGCAUUUCGAAUAGAAUGUUGAAACAGGAAUACACAGACGUUGUAAAAAUA